CCAAACAGACAGCACCAUCAUGGGUGUAGCGCUAUACCUUGAUAAAGCCAAGACUGGUUUUGGUAGUUGGUGGCAAUCGUUCUCCUUGGCAGAAUGCAUCCGGGAUCUCCGAGCAUCCAGGAAACUAGUCCUCUUCAUUGUCUUCGUCGCACUCCUCUUAGAUAACAUGUUGACAACUGUAGUCGUGCCAAUUAUUCCUGACUUCAUCUUCCACCAAGAGAAUCCAGGUUUAGAACGUCAUCCUAAUCACUCGAUACCUGUCAAUUGUAGCCUAAUCACAACCCCAAACCCAAGGGAAAUAUCACGCGCCAACACGACGUCGGCUCCAGUCGUUUGUUUGAAUAGUUCAAGUGUGGUUGCCAAUACCACAGCCGCGUCAAUAGAAAACCAGUACAACGAUAUACUUAGACACGAGAGUGUCCGUAUAGGACUGUUGUUUGCGUCUAAGUCCAUAGUUCAGCUGAUAACCAAUCCCUUGAUAGGCCCUCUAACUAACAGGAUAGGGUAUUCCCUCCCUAUGUUUACUGGGUUUCUUAUCAUGUUUGCUUCAACGUUAGUGUUUGCAUUUGGUGAGAGUUUUGCCCUCCUCCUAGUGGCCCGUAUGAUCCAAGGUAUAGGAUCAUCGUGUUCUUCUGUAGCAGGGAUGGGUAUGCUGGCCCAGCGCUUUCCCGACGAUGCUGAGCGGGGAGCCGCUAUGGGGUUUGCUCUAGCAGGACUCGCUCUCGGUGUUCUAAUUGGACCCCCUUUUGGAGGAGUGAUGUACGAGUUUGUAGGCAAAGCUUCUCCAUUCCUUAUCCUCGCUAUUCUAGCAUUAUUUGAUGGUCUUCUUCAGUUGUUGCUGUUAAACCCUGUCUGGACAAAAGAAGAUCACAUGGAAGGAACUCCUAUUCUUAAACUUCUAAAGGACCCAUACGUUCUUAUUGCUGCAGGUUGUAUAACAUUUGGUAACAUGGGAAUAGCAUUGCUGGAGCCAUCGCUUCCGCUUUAUAUGUUGGAUAAAAUGGAAGCAGAAAAAUGGCAACUUGGUGCUAUAUUCCUUCCCGCCAGUGUAUCAUAUCUCAUCAGUACUAACAUCUUUGGAGCAUUAGGGCAUAGAAUAGGAAGAUGGUUAGUUUCCCUACUAGGUAUGAUCAUUGGAGGUAUCGCAAUGAUGUUGAUCCCGUUGUCACAAAGAGUCCCCCAUUUAAUAGGCCCCAAUUUCUUCGUCGGCUUUGGUGUAGGCAUGGUAGAUGCAUCGAUGAUGCCCAUCAUGGGUCACCUGGUAGACAUACGUCAUGUAUCAGUAUAUGGUAGUGUCUACGCCAUAGCCGACGUAGCAUUUUGUCUGGGGUUUGCUGUCGGUCCGUCAUUGAGUGGAUCGAUUGUUGAAUCUAUCGGAUUCCCAUGGCUAGUAAGAAUAGUGGCCAUUAUAGAUUUCCUCUACGCACCCCUUCUAAUAUUUCUCAGAAACCCACCAGCCAACGAAGAAAAUGAGGGUAUACUGCUGCAAGAGCAGAUUCCUGUGUCAUACACAGCCGACCAACAAAGAGACUAUCAGACGAUGGACGGACGAUACGGACGACGAGAUUCAUCCGGAGUUGAAUCGGUAGACUAGUCCCCCAACCAUGGCUGUCGUCAUCGCCAUCAUCGUCUACUUCGUCACUGACACCGUCAUCGGCAUCAUCGUCUGUUAUUGUCGUCCAUGUAGUCUUCUAAACCUGUCCACGAGAGAGAGAAAGAGGGAGAGAGAGAGAGGGGGGGGGGGGGGAGAUGGAGAUAGGGAAAAUCGUUCAAGGGUGCAUUUGAGAGCAAGAUGGCGCCCUUUCAAUUCAGCGUUGCGAAUGCAUCUCACACGCUCUCAAGGAAAAUAUUAAUAUUUUCAGGGUACUCUCCUUUUCAACUGGUCCCAGUCUUUGUCUUUAAUUUUCCACUCAAAGAAACAGGAAAAAAAAAGAACAGCCAAAUAUAUUUUUUGACAACGAUCUAUUAAAUGAAUAUAAUUUUUUGAUAAUUCGAGGAGACUUUGUUAUGAAGGAACAGUUAUAUGUACGUGGCUCUUUUGAUUUAGGGCUCAGGGCCAAUUUACUACAUUUUGUUGUUCAUUGUGAUAUGAAUAUCAAGUCAAUGCGUGAUUGCUUUCGAAAGAAACUUCAUCAUUAUUAUCCAGAUGAUAAUGAUCACUAUGUAAAAGAAACGAUGCUGUAUUUUCUUUAUAAUCAUAUCAAAACCUCUUCUUGAAUUUAUUAUGAUUUAUCAACAGUAUGGGGGUUGAGUGUUGUAUUUUUUAUGAAUCGUUUAUCAAACAAUUAUUGCAAUUAACAUACCAAAGAAUUGUCAAAACUCUGUUGCACAAACUUUGUUAUCUCUAUAUACCGCAAUGUAUUUGAAUAAUUUGUUUUAUUUGUUAUGGAAACUUAAGCGGGAUGUUAUUAUUUGAUAUCAUUACAUGUAUUAAUAUACUGAGGGUACGUUGCAAGAAUAUUUUGCUAUUAAGUACAAAUUUCUGAUGCAAAAAUUACAAUCGAUAGAUAAAUGCUCGCUGUAGUAUAUUGGUUAACACUCAAAGAUCCACAAUUCUCUAAUUCCUUAUCCGAUUCUUUUCGUAUUUUACCUCUCUGUUUCUCAAAAUCAUUUUAUUAUGUAAGAAUUAAAUUCCUUAAUUCCAAUACUACUAAAGACCAGCCUUACCUAGGUAGCCUCUUGUCGAGGCCCUGCCGGCUGCUUCCCGAGCGAAGCGAGGGAUAUAGCGAAGCCAGGCCUAAUUCGCUAGGGAAGCAGCCGCCAGAGCCUCGACAAGAGGCUAUACUUAGGUAGAAAAUCAAGUAAAUCAUUAAAACAGCAUUGAUAUGUCCUUAAUACAUGGCAAUAUUCAAGCGGCUGCUCAUAGUAAAUAAUCAAUAUAGUAAUGAUAAAAAAUGCUAAGUUUUUUAAUAGUGCACAUCACCCUACAAGAUCUUUUAAUUAGCGCAAAUUAAAAUGAGUUAUUUUGGUGCUCUCGGGUAGAAGGUACAUGGAUAGAAUUAAAAAUAAAGAAAAAGAGAAAAUAUUCAUAUCAUUAUUUGGAUAUCUAGCGAGAUCCUGAUGAAAAUACGAGACUGGAUAUUAUCUGAAAGGUUUCAUGUAGAGAAUAUAUCAUUAUUAUUGUCAUUAUUAGGCUGUAUUCGGAAAAUAUGAGUCUUUAAUAUGGCUUAAAUAAUGAUCAAGGGAAGAAUCUUUUUUCGACAUACUGUAAAUUCUUCCAUAGCUGACUGACUGCAUGUUGCCUAGGUGAUAACGUGAUAAAUAUUUCGCGAUUAUAUACUACAGGUUCAAGUGCACCCCCCAAAAAAGUUGAUUUGAAUGCAAAGAUAAAAAUCAAAUAUAAGCUGAACGCUGAACAAUUCAUCAAAACCGGAUGUGAAAUAAGAAGGUUUAAAUUUAUUUUUAAAAUUUUUAAAUUGUCACUUAUUUUUCAGAAUUUUAGAGAACUGAUGAUGUCAUCCUCUCAAUAAUUAUUUUGCAAUUUUGGUAUGAAUUAAACAAUAUUUGGAUAUUUUGCAAAUUUAAAACUACAUAAUUAUGCUCUUCAUCGAAUCACAAUCGGUUGCUGCAAUGGAAAUUCCAUUAUUGUUAGGGUGGAAUCAAACUUCUUUUCAAAUAAUAAUGUGGAAAAUUUAGAAUAUUUUAUAUUUCCUAUAAUAAGAUGCAAACGAAAUAAUGAUUUGGUGAUGUCAUCGGUCGUGAUAUCACUCAUUGGCAUCCCGACCAGGAUGGUAAUAUAACUGUAUUGUGAAUUUAAGUGAAAAUUAAAAUGUCAUAACUUCCUUAUUUUACAUCCGAUUUUAGUGAAAUGUUCAAUGUCAACUUGUUGUUUGAUUUUUCCCUUUAUAUUCAAAUCAAUUAUUGUUUUUUAUAUUCAGUUUCGCAUACAAUGGGCUACUGUGUUAAAAAAAGAAACCAUUCGAUUAAGGGAUGAUAUUAACUUUCAAUCUUUCGGUGAAUGUUUACCAAAACGGUUAUUUUUUAAUGGGGGGGGGGGGGGACAUGGCCCCAAGCCCCCCCCCCCCCAAUCUAUACACCAGUGAUCAUUAGUAGCCAAUUUACUAGAAUGAUGCUUUCUUUGAAUGUAUUUCAUCCCUUUUGACCGAAAUUAAGAUCGUUUUACAGCUUGUAAAUAGUUACUCUUCCUAUACAUUUCAUGUUCUUGUUGAGAGUCUAAAGAUAUUGUAAAGAGAUUGAUAUGUACACAUUUAUUAUAAGAUGAUGUCUCCAAAUCAAAAGUACUUUGUGUCACCACCCACAAAAGUGGAAAUAAAUGUGUUUGAUUCUCAGCACCUUAUAAAAACA